AUGGCGGACAUCCAAGCCUUAAAAGUCCUGGUGGAGCAAGAACAGACCCAAAUCGUGAAAGCAGAGGUGAACUGGAGUGGAGAUCAUCACAAAGAGGCUUUCAAGCUUUUGACUCUGAAGGAUGUCAAUGCAGUCAUAAUGAACGCCCCAACAAAAAAUUCAUCUGACAAGGAAAUUGAAGAGAUGGCACCUGACAGUGAAGGUGUGUCCAGUGCGGAUUUAACCAAAACAAAACCACCUCUAUUUUUACGUGCUAACCGAUUAAUAAGAGAAUGGUGGAGUGAACUUUUAUAUAGUUAUCACCACAAGAAAGACUGGCAAGAAGUAGUUGAUGAAGCUCACCUCCAACAGCUUCGCAGUAUUCAUGAAAAUCUUCUUUUUCUUGCUGCUAAAGAAAAUGAUGUGAAGUCUAUUAAAGAAUUAAUCAAGUUCUCCAAGACAGAUAUUUUUGAGAAAGGUGCACUUGGGGAAACCGCACUUCAUAUUGCUGCUUUGUUCAACAGCCUGGAAGCUGCUGUUGCUUUGAUUGAGGCAGCACCUGACCUCAUUAAUGAGCCCAUUGUUUCAGACUUCUAUGAAGGGGUGACAGCACUCCAUAUUGCUGUGAUAAAUGAGAAUAUGAAUUUUGUCCAGGAGCUGAUUCACAGAGGAGCUGAGGUGGACACCCCUCGGGCAACAGGGGAAUGCGUUCAAAAAAAGACAAAAAAUCUUGGGUAUUUUGGUGAACACAUUCUGUCAUUUGCAGCCUGCACAGGAAAGAAAGAGAUUGUUCAAUUACUGAUUGAGAAUGGGGCAGACAUAAGGGCUCAAGACAAACAUGGUAAUACAGUGCUGCAUAUUCUGGUCUUUCAACCAAAUAGGAUCAACUCCUGCAAGAUAUAUGACCUAAUUAUGGCUUGUGAUUUGAAGGAAAACCACAGAAUUCCGUUGGAUCUCAUCCAGAACAGUAAAGGAUUGACACCUUUCAAACUAGCUGCAGCUGUGGGUAACUCAGUGAUGUUUCAACAUAUAGUGAACUUACGUCGCAUUUACCAGAGUUGUUUGGUUCCACGGUCAACUUAUCUCUAUGACCUUUCAGAAAUUGACUCCUGGGCAGAUGACAACUCAGUCCUGGAACUUAUUAUCUGCAGUGAAAGCAGAGAGGCAUGUUCUAUUCUGGAAAUGACUCCGGUGAAGCAGCUGGUCAAGUUAAAGUGGAUGAAAUAUGCAAGGCAUUAUUUUCGCUUCCUGAUGCUUGUGUAUAUUUUGUACAUCAUCAUCUUUACCCUAUGCUGCAUAUUUCGACCACUUAAAUUACGUCCGGACAAUGCAACGGAUCCCAGGGACGUCUUGCUAUAUGUUAAAAAAAGUGUGCAGGAAAGUUACAUAACCUACAGUGAUCAUCUUAGACUGGUUGGUGAAUUGAUUAGUGUAAUUGGUGCAGUGGUCAUCCUUCUUUUAGAGAUCCCAGAUAUACUGAGAGUUGGACCUACAAAAUAUUUUGGUCAAACAGUUUUGGGUGGUCCUUUUCAUGUUAUCAUCAUAAUUUAUUCUUGUCUAUUACUGAUCUUACUUAUACUGCGGGUAACCAACUCAGAUGGAGAAAUGGAACUUAUGGCAUUUGCACUGGUGCUUGCAUGGUGUAAUGUACUCUUCUUUUUUCGUGGAUUUGAAAUGUUAGGCCCAUACAUUGUUAUAGUCCAGAAGGUUAUGUUUAGUGAUAUGUUGAGAUUUAUUUGUCUGAUGACCUUUACUGUGAUUGGCUUCACUGCAGCUCUAUGGAUGGCUUACAUGACUCAGGAUCCCUCUGCUGAUCCACAAUUUGGUGACUUUCCCACAACUUUCUUUGUACAAUUUGAGUUGUCUCUAGGACUUCUGGAUAUUCCACUAAAUUAUUCAGUGUGGACUCCAAACAUAGUGAAAGUUCUCCAUGCAGCUUUAACCAUCUUUGGUUUCCUCCUCAUCAUGAAUCUGCUAAUUGCCAUGCUAGGGGACACACAGACAAGACUGGCACAGGAAAGAGAUGAGAUUUGGAGAGGCCAAGUUGUAGCAACUAUAAUAAUGCUAGAACGAAGACUGCCUCGAUGGAUGUGGAUAAGAUUUGGGAUUUGCGGAAAACAAUAUGGAUUAGAGAACAAGUGGUAUUUGAGAGUUGAAAGCUCUAAAACUUUAACUACUAAGAAACGGUAUCAUAACAUUCAAACUUUUAAUGGUGACAUGAACAAAUCUGACUUAGAUGAGAGUUACAAGGAAGAGUUGGACAUAUCAAUGUCUAAAGUGAAUCUAAGUACAUUUAAUGAAGAAUCCAUGGAUCAGUCCCAGAAAUCUUUACAGAGCCCGGAAAUCAUCUUCAACAGCCCUGUACACUCUUUUUAUUUUGAAAAUGAUGGACUGGGAAAUGUAUAUGAUGUCUAAAAAUUAUAGUUUUUUUCUUAAAUUAAGAAAAAGUUAAUCUUUAAUACAAAUGUAUAUAUUUCUAACUUGGCUGACUGGUUCUCAUGCAAAAGAAUGCUCAUGUUAUUUUGGACAAUCUAGGUGUAUAAAAAGGAUGAGCUUGUUAGGCUAAAUGGCCUGUUCUCACAAUUUUUUAAUGUUCAAAUAAAAAAAGCAAGAUUGUGACAAGACAAAAUUACAUACAAUGUGUAAGUAUAAAUAAAGAAGGCUGACAAC